AGGGGUUACCAGAGGUAUCCGUACCAGCUGUUGAUGUAUCCGAAUUUGUAGUAGACCAGCAAAAUAAUGUUGAUACCAAGUCAACGGAGGAUAAGAUAAUAGAUGAUUGUUUGUUUAAGCAAACACCGAUGUCAGAGGUGUUACCAGAGAUAACUGGUGUACAUGAUAUUUGCCGAAAGCAAACCCAGCUUGAGCAGUGUAAGCCUGAUAGCAAAACAAAUAAUACAGUAUUAGAGAGAGAACCAGAUUCAGAAACACUCGUAACUUCUUUAGAUUCUGCCAUUCUCUUGAAUGAAAAAAAUGGACAGG